AUGACCGAGGUUGAGGAAAUGCGUGUCGACCCCACGAGAGCCCAAGCUCUCAUCUCUCAGCUGUCAUCCGUCAAGGAGCGCAUCAGUUCUCUGGCAAACGGUCGUAAUAUUAGACUAGUCGCCGUUUCCAAGCUCAAGCCCGCAAACGACAUUCUCGCCCUCCACCAAGCGCCAACCUCUCACGAGCACUUUGGUGAAAACUACACCCAGGAACUCACCCAAAAAGCACAAAUACUCCCCAAGUCUAUCCAAUGGCACUUUAUCGGCGGCCUACAAUCAGGCCACUGCAAAACACUCGCCAAGAUCCCCAACCUAUUCUGCGUCUCGUCCGUAGACACCCUCAAAAAGGCAAAUCUCCUCAACACCACCCGCGGCACGCUCCUCGCCUCGGAUCCGUCGCUGCCAAAACUCUCUGUCCACGUACAAGUGAACACGUCGGGGGAGGAAGCCAAAUCCGGCUGUGCGCCCGGCGAAGAAACCGUCGCGCUGUGUCGCGAAAUCAUCACCAAUUGCUCCAAUCUGCAUCUUCUGGGGCUCAUGACCAUUGGCGCUAUUGCACGUAGCCAGGCUACCACUGCGGAGAAUGAAAACGAGGACUUUAUCACGUUGAAGGAGCAGCGGGAUUUGGUGUCCAAGGAAUUGGGAUUGGAUAAUGAUAGGUUAGAGUUAAGCAUGGGUAUGAGUGAGGAUUUCGAGGGCGCUAUUGUGUUGGGCAGUGGUGAGGUGAGGGUUGGUAGUACAAUUUUUGGGCUGCGGCCAGCAAAGGCAGAUGCCAAGAUUAAGGAGUAG